CCUCCACCGCCUCCAUCCACUGCAACAUUCAGGCAGGUUCACCCACAGCUGCACAGGCUCGGAGACGCCGCUGCUGUGUUGGUAAAUACUCGGUGAAUUGCGAACAUUCAGUGUAUAUAAAUCAGUGUCCAUAACCUCAGACAACGCCACUACACUACAAACGCUUCAGAAUAAUACUGAAAAAUGGCAGAUCCAAUGACCCAGUCUACUCAGAUUUCGUCGUCACAAGGCCUAAACGAUGGACACACUGCAAAGUCCAAAGACUCGAAGUUUUCCGAUUCCUUUUUUUCCUCACCUGUAUCUCUCAUUCAGUCUCCUCAAGACAAAAGAGUGGUACUAGGCUCUGAAAAGUGUUCAGAGAAUAUGGCCACCUCUCUUCACUUUUCUUCUCAGCCAAGUUCCUUCUCUCAAGUUGCUUAUGGAAUUGAAUCUUCAGGACCACCUGGAGAUUACAUGGAGCAUAAUUUCAAAGAGAAAAGGGAGCUUUUUGACUCUUCCUUUGGAUCUCAAAAGCAGGACUCCCCUAUAAAGACGUCACCAGUAUCUGAAAGAAUCAAAGCAUUGGAAGCUUUAGCUGCAAAGAAGAAUGAUUUUGAUAGGAAUGAUGGUGGGUUUCCACAUUUUAAAGAGCGACACUAUGAGAAGUUCCCCACUGAAUCUCAUGGAAGUUCCUCACAUUUGACCUUCCAGAAAAGGUCAAUGUCAAAUGAGCAGGAAUCACCUGAAUCGCCCUUUGAAGUGCUUGGUGAGACAAGGCAUGGAAGUGACUUUGAGGACACGGCUGACUGGAUGAGAGCUCACUUACCUCCAGCACCAGAUUUCAACAUUGAAGAUCCUGAUCUUGAUGAGGAAAAAGACUCACCCAUGAUGCAGGAGAGCCCAUGCAAAGUAAUGAAAGGAAACUGUGUUGAUGCACCAGAAGGUGCAUCUGAAAGUUUUACAGGAGUUCCUGAUCAGUUCAUGGACAGUCCUAUCAAAGUAGCAGAAACAAAAUAUAAUGAUGAUAAACGAGUAAAACAAGAAAGUGUUGAGGAAGAUUCUGAAUUUGACCUGAGCUAUUUGCCUACAGCCUAUAUGUGGGACAAACAAGAGAAAACUGAUGUGGACACUCAAGGCUAUCAAAAAGUUCCUGAAAAUCAAGAGCUUCCUGCCUCCCCUGCACCACCAGCAGAUUUUGAGUCUCUGUCAUCCCCUGUUACCCAACAGAUGGACCCUAGUUCUACGCAACAUGCCAGCACUUCAAAGGGAAACUUGGAACCUGCUGAAAUCCUAGAGGUAGAUAGUUCUGGGGAGUCAGAUGAUACAGUGAUUGAGGAAGUUGGCAACAUCUCAGCAGUAGAAAAUAAUGACCUUGACAUUAAACCUCAAAAAGAUGAGGAGAUUUUGCCAGAUAACGAAAAGAAGCUGAUUCAGGUGCCUAUUAUUAAUGUAAUUGAGACAGAUGAACAGGUUCUAAGUGAUGAGGAAGAAGAGCAGCUGGAUGUGGAAGGAGAGGAGGAUGAUAAUGAAAGGUGUCCGAUUAUUCAAGGUGAAAGCAGAGAGUCACUUGAGCAACAGGAGCAAUCAGAGGUUCCUGAACAUGUAUCUGUGGAAACUCUAAACGAAGAAAAUAAAACAGACUAUCAAAUUUCCUCUCUGGAAAAUCAAACAGACUCUGAUGGUGAAUACUUUCCUAAUCACACGAUGAUCGAAGAUGAUCAUGAAAGUGGCAUUUUCCUCCAGUCCUCCCCAGACUCAGGUGGCCAGAUUUCAGAGGACUCUCAAAUGCAGUCACCUAUGUCUCAGAAUUUAGUGUCCUUUGGACCCCUUGAAGAGUCAACCCUUGACAAAGAGCUUGACGAAACUGGAGAAGUACUUUCUGACCUCCCCCCUAACAAAAAUUACCCCUCAAAUGAGCCCAGUGAUGUAGAGACUUACCUGGACCAUUACACCAGUGAGGAGCUUGCUUUAAAAGACCAGCUGAAUUCAGAUUAUUUUAUGGAGAAUAAAAGAGAGAAUACUGAGCUCUCAAAGCCCAGCUGUCUUCCAGAAAAUCUAAAUAUCAGUACUUUUGUUCAAGAAGCCUUUGAGGAAAAUAUUACAGAUGAUUUUGAUGAAACACCCAAAAGAUGCAAGAUGGACAAAGAAUCUGUCCCUGAACCCCCGAUAUCUGACCAUUUAGCCGAUGCCCAUGAUGACGUUGAUACUGUUGUCCCUCAAAACAAGAUGCCAACUGUUGAUUCAGAAGAUCACAGGUCAGCAGUGGAAUCUGAGAAUUUGACACUGCAAGAACAGGAGGCGUUACCAAUCCAAUCCAUUGGCAGACAAUCCCCAAUUCAAGAGAUCCCACUGGAACUUUUAAAUGUUUGUCACAAAGAACAGUCUGGCAAAAUCAGUGAAGUUUCUGGCCCUAUGACAAAUUAUGUAGCUAAAGGAUCAGUGAUGACUAACUCUGAACCUGGGGUAUUGGCCUCUAGAUAUGUUUUAGAUAGACCGGAUUCGCCAGAGACCAUAAGCGAUACAGAGAAUGUUGAGCCAGAAUUUUUAGUAAUGGCAGCGACGGACAGCUUUGUGGAGUUUAUGAGGGAGUGUCUUAAUUCACGGCAGGAUGAGGAGCCUGAGGGCUUCAAUCCAGGUCAGGUAACCUUAGAUCAGAAUCCCAAAUCUGAUACUCCUGCUUUCAAUCAAUCCUCCCCUGCAAUGAUCAUGGACUUUGAGCAGGAGCGCUUAACAAUAUCUGCUUUGAAAGAACUCGGGAGCAGCCAAGAGGAAGACGAGAAACCUCUCGUAGUGAAGUCCGUCCUAAAGCCAGAUGAAGCUACUCAAAAUCUGGAAGCUUCAGUGACCUCAUCUUCCGUACCUCAAAAUCUUCCAAACGAGUAUCAGCCUGAUGCCUUAAUUGCCAAAGAGGUAGAGGCAAUUGAUAUUUGGGUGGCAGAGGCCUACCACCUUGCAGAGCAUGUCUUGACAUCUAUACUAAACCACCUGUCAGUAUAUGACCUGGUGCAUUGGCGGGACCCUAAGAAGUCCGGAGUGGUGUUUGGUUUGUCGAUGCUGGUACUGCUCUCUCUGGCAGCGUUCAGCAUGAUCAGCGUUGUCUCUUACCUACUGCUGGCCCUGCUCUGUGUCACCAUCUCUUUCCGCAUCUACAAGUCUGUUGUCCAGGCUGUGCAGAAGUCCAACGAGGGUCACCCCUUCAAGGCUCUGAUGGACAAAGAUGUCACCAUACCUCCCGAGACCUUCCGCAAGCACGUGGACCUUUGUCUGUCCUACAUCAACUGUGCGCUCAAGAAGAUGAGCCGCCUCUUUCUGGUCGAGGAUCUGGUGGAUUCCCUCAAGCUCGCAGUGGUUAUGUGGCUAAUGACAUAUGUUGGAGCGGUCUUCAAUGGCAUCACCAUUCUCAUCCUUGCGGAUAUCCUUCUCUUUGGUGUACCACCUGUCUAUGAGAAGAACAAGACCCAGAUUGAUCAUUACAUUGGCAUUGCACGCAAUCAAGUCAACAGUACAAUGGCCAAACUACAAGAGAAACUCCCAGGAGCGAUGAAGCGCUGUAAAACGGAAUGAUCCUUCUCUCCGAUUCCCUCAACACCAUGUUUACCAUCCUUCCACCUUUAGCCGCCACCCCUCCCUUCCUCUUUGCCCCACCCCUUUCCUCUUUUUUCCCCCUGUUUAACAUCAACCCUUCAAACCACCAUCUGCACUGAACCAGCUAGUAUGUAAAAUCUAAAGCUUCUUGAUAUUCAAUGUUAACUCUGCAGCUUAAUUACGAGCAUUAGGGCAAGAAGCUUGGGGCUCCAGGAGCUGAUGUUUCCAACACGGGAUGUGAUGCAAUGCUGCAACUGGAUGUCAAUGGCCAGUGUGAGGAAGGGUUUGUGAACUAGACUGAACCUAUGACCUGGUUUUAAGUGUUUGGCGGGUGGAUGGAAAUAAAAACAGGUGUUUGAAUUUAAAGCAAAUGUCUGUACUUUUAAAAAUGAACAUUUCACAAAAAAAAAUUAAAAUAAAAAAUCUAAAAUGUUCUGCAACACAUACUUGUUCCCCCUUCGUUUAGUUCUUUGACAAAUGUGAAUUAUUUGUCUGGACGUGCACAUGACAAUCAGUCCAGCAGUACCAGUUCAGAUACCAGCAGUGAUAAUUUGGUCUAGUUCACCAUCCUACCUACCUGUUACUGGCGCAAAUUUUUUUUUUCUGUAUGUAUAUAUAAUAAGGUUACAACAGGCUUUUUGCUGUGAAGUAGUUUGUUGCUUUUUAUAUUUAAAAAAAAAACUAAAAUGAAUAUACAGCUCUUAUAUUUGUCUCUUUUGCACUCAGUUAUCUGAGUUCACAUGUAUAUGUUAUUAUUACUAUUCAAAUAAGAGUUGUUGUUAUAUUAUAUCUCAAAUAGGAUGACUGCUUUAAAUCCCAUGUAUGGCAUUUGGCUCCGUAACAAUAAAUAUGUAUUAAUAUCCUUAAGGUUGAGUUUUAUGCAUAGGAUCAUCGGAGCUUCAGAAUAUAGGAGAGGAAGGAAUUAAUCUGUUUGAUUUGAAGUGUCCAUGUUGGCCCCAUAGGUCAUCUAUUGUUGUCAAAACAAGGCUAGUACCCAUCAUUCAUAUGGUAACAAUUUUUAAGGUAAAACUGGUCUUGUGUCAGCAUUUUGGAGCAUUGUUUACCAACCUAGACACAGAAGAUUUUUGAAUAUUUAUUGGAUGUUUGAAGUUGUUGGUUUUUUUUUAUUUUAAUUUUAAUAUUAUUAUAUAUAUAUAUUUUUUUUUUUAUCAAGGCUGGAAUAUGUUGCAUCACUGUUUUUCCUUAACAAAAAUCCAGAACUCACUGCAAACACAUUGACUUCUUGGAAAUACAAUUAUAAGGGCAUGUUAUUGCUGAAAGGGAAGGGUGAUUCAGUAAAAUGGCAGCGGUUUGGCCAGUGUUUUUAAUGUGGUGUCAGCCUGCCCAAUGACUACUCAUGCAUUUGUGCUCACAGUUUUACAAUAUGACAAUAAAUGGAAUAUCUACCGUGUAUCAAUAGUUGCAUUCAUAUUAUGCAAAACGGCAGCGUUUCAUGGCAGCGAUCGUAUAACAUUCCAGCUGAUGCAGUUGGAAGCAUGUCAUCGAACUUUUGUGUCCAAAUCUAGAGAAAUCCUUAUCAAAGCAUUAAAAACAUUUAACCAGAAUCACAGUUAAAACUUUUGUGCUCCAUUAUUAGGGCCUUUUUCUAAUAUACUUUAAUUUGCCCUUCAUGUCAUGUAUUUUUUGCUCUCUCGUGACCUUUUUUGGUGUUGAAUGCAUGUGUACACACAUGAUCACAUUCAGACAAGUGUCCUGUCAUUGUGUUGCUUAGCAAGCAUGUUUUACAGGUGAGAUCACCGGUGCCGUGUUGCUUUUGGAGAACGGUUGGUAAAGCUCUGACUGUUUGUAUUACCACAAAGUCUUGUUUUCUUUCAUUUUAAGGGUAAACUAUGACUAUAUAACUACUUUUUUAAUAGAUGCAGACCUGUUUAGAUUCCAUGUCGGAGUAUCUGAUUAUCCUCUGAGGUCGUUUGAGUUUAAUAUAUAUUACUUAACUUAUUCCUCUAGAUCCUUGGCAUGUUUGCUGUUUCUUUCAUGUGUUUAUCAGUCUCUCUCUGAGAAGGGGUGAUGGAAGUUAUGUUCUUUUUGCUUUUGACUCUUUCUCUGGGAAAAGAAAACUAGAUGUGAUUACUAACAUCUGCAUUCAAUUUGUUUUCGAAUUAAGUUAAUAAUUGGGAGCUUUUUUGUGGGGGGGGUGCAAACAGGAAAAAUUGUGGUCCCUGUAAUGAUGUCAAAGUGAACUUAAUAAAAAUGCCAAA